AUGCGACCUCCCAAGAACUCUUCCUCUGAGGAGAAGAAGCAGAAACCAGUCUUCCCCGAGGACCAAGGUUCCCUAACCCUCCUUGACCCCCCACCUCCCUAUCCUCCUGCGCAGGCACCUCUACCUCAAGAACUACCUCAUCCAUCCCCUGAUUCCACUGAACCUGAUCACUCCUCUCCACCAUCUAGUAGACUCCGCCUGAGAAGAGAUAGAGGGUGUUCCUCUGAGGGAACUGGGACUGCCCAGGUUUUUCCUCUACGAGCUGUAGGGGACCAGAUCCAGUAUUGGCCUUUUUCAGCCUCUGACUUAUAUAGUUGGAAAACUCAUAACCCCUCUUUUUCUCAGGACCCUCAGGCUCUAACUGCUUUAAUUGAGUCUAUUCUUCUUACCCACCAACCCACUUGGGAAGAUUGCCAACAACUCCUCCAGGCACUUCUAACCACAGAGGAAAGACAGCGAGUCAUCCUGGAGGCCUGGAAAAACGUUCCCGGGGAGGAUGGGAGAUCCACUCAGGUCCCAAAUGAAAUAGACGCAGGAUUUCGUCUGACCAGACCCAACCGGGACCCUAAAACCAUGGCAGGUAGGGAGCGUCUCCAUCUUUAUCACCAGACUCUGUUAGUGGGUCUCAAAGGGGCCGGAAGAUGCCCAACCAAUUUGGCAAAGGCACGUGCUAUAACCCAGGGAGAAAAUGAAACCCCCGCAGGGUUUCUAGAGCGCCUAAUAGAGGGAUAUAGGAUGUACACCCCUUUUGAUCCCACAGCUCAGGAGCGUCAGGCGGAUCUUAUUAUGGCCUUUAUAGGACAAUCAGCUCCUGAUAUCCGUGGUAAGCUCCAACGGCUGGAGGGCCUUCAGGGGUACUCUUUGCAGGAUUUAGUAAGAGAAGCUGAGAAAAUUUACAAUAAGCGAGAGACAUUAGAGGAAAGGGAAGACAGAAUUAGAAAAGAACAGGAAGCCAGAGAGGAUAAGAGAGAGAAAAAGAGAAACAAAGAGUUGAGUCAAAUUUUGGCCACAGUAGUCCAGGGAACAGGAUCAGGACCAGGCAGGGACCUAGGAGACAAAAGAAGGCCCCGAGUGGAUAAAGACCAAUGUGCUUACAAGCUGAACAGACUUCAAAAGAAAACAACCCCAGUCCUGACUCUAGGGGACUAGGGAAGUCGGGGCCAGGAGUUCCCCCCUGAGCCCAGGGUAACUUUAAAGAUAGGGGGGCAAUUGACUACCUUCAUGGUAGACACAGGAGCUCAGCACUCAGUCCUAACAACAACUGAGGGACCUAUGAGUUCCAAGACAGCCUGGGUCCAAGGGGCCACUGGAGGAAAAACAUACAGAUGGACCACAGAAAGAAAAGUGGGCCUCAGCACAGUACGAGUCUCUCACUCAUUUUUAUUGGUCCCCGACUGUCCAUACCCUCUUCUUGGGAGAGAUUUACUCUCCAAGUUGGGAGCCCAUAUCCACUUUACCAAGAAGGGAGCCACUGUACAAGGAAAAGAUGGAGCUCCACUACAGGUAUUAACCCUGAGAUUGGAAGAUGAACAUCGGUUGUAUGAGGUACUGAUAACAGAAACUCCUGAUAUAUCCGACUGGCUAAGUAAAAUCCCUUUAGCAUGGGCCAAGACAGGAAGCCCAGGACUGGCAUGCAAUCAGCCUCCAAUAGUGGUUACACUAAAACCCUCUGCAACUCCGGUCUCAAUCAGAAAAUACCCUAUGAGCAGAGAGGCCCAAGAAGGAAUCAGACCUCAUAUUCAGAGACUUUUACAAGUAGGCAUACUUCGCCCCUGCCAGUCCCCUUGGAACACCCCACUGCUCCCCAUAAAGAAGCCAGGAACAAGUGACUACCGACCAGUCCAAGACUUAAGAGAAGUCAAUCGGAGGAUAGAGGAUAUACAUCCUACUGUCCCAAAUCCUUACAAUCUCCUGAGUACCUUGCCUCCCAGUCACAGGUGGUACACUGUUCUUGACCUGAAGGAUGCAUUCUUCUGCCUGAGAUUGAGCCCGGUUAGCCAGCCCAUUUUCGCUUUUGAAUGGAAGGACCCUGAAGCUGGAAUAUCAGGGCAAUUGACCUGGACACGACUUCCCCAAGGGUUCAAGAAUUCCCCUACUCUGUUUGAUGAAGCUCUGCACCGUGAUCUGGCUGACUUUUGGGUAAGAAACCCACAGAUUAUGCUUCUUCAAUAUGUAGAUGACCUCCUCUUAGCAGCUGAAAUGGAAGCUGGCUGUCUGUAAGGUACGGAGGCUCUUCUACUGAGACUGGGGGAACUUGGAUACCGGGCCUCAGCAAAGAAAGCCCAGAUCUGCCUACAGCAGGUGAACUAUUUGGGCUAUAGGUUGGAGGGAGGGCAACGUUGGCUGACAGAAAGCAGGAAACAGACAGUAGCCUCUAUCCCCCCACCAACCUCAGCCAGAGGACUCAGAGAGUUCUUGGGAAGUGCAGGAUUCUGUAGAUUAUGGAUACCGGGUUUCGCUGAAAUAGCGGCUCCUCUAUAUCCCUUGACAAAGAAUGGGACUCCUACCAUGGCGGCAAUAGCAUCCCUGGUAAAAGACUCAGAGAAACUCACCAUGGGCCAGCCCCUAACUAUUAUAACACCACAUGCGGUGGAAUCCAUCAUUAGACAGCCCCCUGACAGAUGGCUGUCAAAUGCCAGGGUGACCCAUUAUCAGGCAUUACUAUUAAAUCCAGAAAAGAUCAAGUUUGGUAGCCCUGCCACCCUAAACCCUGCCACGCUGCUACCAGCCACUGAGAAAGGCACUGAGAUUCCUCAUGACUGCCAGCAAAUACUUGUGGAGACACAUGGGACCAGAGAAGACCUCACUGACCAGCCCCUAACAGAUGCAGAUGCCACUUGGUAUACGGAUGGGAGCAGCUUUCUACGAGAUGGUGAGCGUAAGGCGGGAGCGGCGGUGGUCGAUGGAGAAAAGAUAACCUGGGCCCAAGCCCUGCCGGCUGGAACAUCAGCCCAGAGAGCUGAAUUAGAAGCUCUAACUCAGGCCCUAAAAUUAGCAAAGGGCAAAAAGGUCAACAUUUACACCAACAGUCACUAUGCAUUUGCCACUGCCCAUAUACAUGGGGAAAUUUAUCGGAGGCGGGGACUCCUCACCUCAGCUGGUAAGGACAUCAAAAACAAAGAAACAAUAGUGGCCCUUCUACAAGCCUUGUACUUGCCUGAAAAGGUCAGCAUAAUCCAUUGCCCUGGACGUCAGUGAGACCAGGGGCCGAUUGCUCGAGGCAAUCGGAUGGCAGAUGAAGCUGCUCACCAGGCAGCAGAAGGUACCUGUAUUUUCUACACCCAGUCGGACCUAUAAGCUGAAAUUAAAGCACAAACAAAGGGGGGGGAUUCUCUUUUCACCUACACUGAACAGGAUCUGGAACUCGUCCGGAGGCUCAAUGCUACUUUGGACCCAGAAUCUAAAAUGUGGGAAUAUCAGAAUCGGAUCAUACUGCCCUGAAAGGUGGCCCUCGAGUUAGUCUCCCAACUCCACCAAUGGACAAACUUACGACACAAGAAACUAAAGACAUUACUAAAAAGAGAAGAACAAAUCUAUUAUUUCCCAGACCUUAAUCAACUAGUUCAAAAGGUAGUGGGAGAUUGUGUCUCAUGUCCCCUGGUAAAUGCAACUAGGUCAAAGGUCCUAUCUGGCAAGAGAGAAAGAGGGACACGACCAGGGACUAACUGGGAAGUAGAUUUCACUGAAGUACUUCCAGGAAAAUAUGGUUAUAAAUAUCUUUUAGAGUUUAUAGACACUUUUUCAGGGUGGGUUGAAGCUUUCCCCACCAGAAAGGAAACAGCCCAGACUGUGGUAAAGAAGCUGAUUAAAGAAAUCUUCCCUCGAUUUGGACUGCCCAAGGUAAUUGGAUCCGAUAAUGGUCCAGCCUUCGUCUCCCAGGUAAGUCAGGGAAUGGCCAAAGCAUUGGGGAUUAAUUGGAAAUUGCACUGUGCUUACAGACCCCAAAGUUCAGGUCAGGUAGAAAGAAUGAACAGAACCAUUAAAGAGACCUUAACCAAAUUAGCUCUAGAGACUGUCACUAAAGACUGGGUACAACUCCUACCUCUAGCCUUAUUUCAGGCUGGAAACAGUCCUGCUAUACAUGGCUACCCCUAUGAAAUCCUUUUUGGAGGACCACCCCCUGUACUCGAUGUAACCUUGUCCCCCUUGCCCUCUUCUUUUGAUAACCCCAGCUUAAAAACAAGGCUCCAAGCCCUCCAGAUCAUCCAGAACCAGGUUUGGAGGCCCUUGGCUGCAGUUUACUGGCAUGGUGGUCCACAAAUGCCUCAUCUGCCUCAUUCCUAUCAAAUUGGAGAUCAGGUGUACGUGAGAAGACACAACGUGAAAACCCUUGAACCACGGUAGAAAGGACCCUACACAGUUCUCCUGACUACUCCUACGGCCCUCAAAGUGGACGGAAUCUCAGCUUGGAUUCACACUUCCCACGUCAAGAGAGCUCCGACUCAGGAGGACACUGGAAAAUGACAUCUACACAGAACAUCCAACCCUCUAAAAAUAAGACUCUCCAGAAAUUCCUAAUAAUUCUAUUUGUUUAUAGGCUUGUCCC